CAUGCUUCGAAAACAACACGAGAAUAGCACCACAACAACAACAAAACCUCAAUUUCGGGCUGGUGUCUUCAACCAAUUCGUUCUCCACCCAUGUAGAGAGUUUGCAUAGAGUGUUAUAAUAUGCCUUGUGGAGGAGGAGGAGCUCUAUCUGUAUGACCGGAAAGAAACACAAAACAUGUUAAUGGGCCUCCACAAUCGUUAGCUGAAGAUGGUAUCUCAAAACUCGUCGAACCACGACAGGGCUGUUAACUUUGGCGAUAAAGCACUAGCACGCAUUAGCCCCUUUUAUGUUUCUUUUCGCAGGAUAAGAUGCAGUAGAGUGCACUGUACAAGAUAGUCUAUUACAUGUAAUACCCAAAACAGAGUUAUUGUGUGUCUAUUUGGCCAAGCAAGCUGGAAGCAUUGGGUUGAUGGUGGUUUUGUUGUUGUUUUCGUGCUAUUCUCAUGUUAUUUCAUUUCUUAAAACCAAGGAACACAGUAUCCCCCGUGGGAUUGUUCCUGCAAUGGUACCACUCACUCCAUCCUUUGCUAAGCUUGACUUACGGCACCUCCCGACUCCAGAAUACAAGCAACAGCAUCAAGCCAACCUACGGGGCUUGGGGCUUGGGCUCUUCUGGCUGGACCUGCUCUACCAGCCAGUACGGUAGGUACUGAAACAGCCUCAAGAAGGACAACAAACGGCCCUACCCUUGGACUUGGGUAUUACUACUACCGGUUCGCUAGCUAGUGCGUACCAGUACCUUCUCAGACAAAACUACCCUGAAAACUCAUUCGGGGGCUGCACCUACAGUCGUACGUGUCUACUAGUAUUGCAUGGGAAGCGCUGGGCCAAUUGGCCAAACGUCGAACUGUUGGGCGGCGUUGGGCCUCAUUACGGGACUGGCCAGUCCCCAAUCCUGCAAUUCCUUGCAAAAGCAACUCCUUCGACAAAUCCUCGAGCCGUCUCACUUUUUCAAUUAGUGGGAUCGCUCGCUGUGUGGGAGUUAACGCUAGCGUUGGCAGCAUCGGAACGGACUCGCAGCAGUUGAGAUUUUUUCUUUGUCUUCAGCCAUGAGGAUUGAUAACCUUCCUUUUCUCUAAUCACCAAACGAAAAGGACAGUCGAUCCACACACUCCCACCGGCUCUUCUUUUUAGAUGAAUGAUGAGAUGAAAGUCCAGCACGAUCCCAAUUAAUUAGUUGAGAAAGGAAGGAACCAUACCGGAUUCCCUCCGAGUUAGAUAGUUUCUCGCUUUCAAAAGUAUAGAGCAGUAUGAUGGAUGGACAAGUGAUGGAGUCCUUUGCCGGUGCGGCAGGGGAUGAUGACCCCACCGUGCCUGUCGAGGAUGGCAAAACGACCAAAGCGGCAGAUGUUGAAAGAAUUGAAAGCGAUGCAAUAGCUGUGACGGUACCUGUGCACCCAACAGGAGACAAAGAUGAUGUGUCGAAACUUGAAGAGAAAGGAAGAAGAGAGGUUGAACUCAUUGACGAACCUGAAGUUUCAACUGAAGAGGUCAAAGACUACGAGAAGAAAAUACUCGCGGAACAAGAAAAAAAAGCAGCCAUGGAACAACUUCCUGAACAAGAACCAAAAGAACAAAACGGGCAAGAUGCCGAGAACACAAGACUUAUUCGAGAUGAAGAGGAGCCUCGGGAAGAACCCAUUGAUGAAAGCAACGUGCAAGACAGGACGGGAUCGGAAACAACGCAGGAAACAACACAGGAUGAUGAUGACGGUGAAGUCGUGGUCGUCAAGACCUUGAACGAUACGACAGACAAUGAUAACAUCACCUGCAAUAUCUCACUGACGGAAACCUCCAGCCCCUCGAGUGAAAUAGAGGAGGAUGCAAAUGGAGCAUUACAAACGCGGCACAGCAAUGGAGCCGAGACCAGCAACAACAGCAAUGGUCAAGAAAACAAUAAUUCUCGAGAGAGGUUGCUGGCGACAAUGAACAAAAUUGAGCAAGACGACUCCGAAGAGAAAAAAGAUGAUCCUUCUGUGGAAUUGCAGGAAGACCGAGAAGCACAAGAGGAAUCAAUGAUCAAGAAAAUCGAAGAUGUAGUUACCGUCUCCUCCGAGGGUAGCAGCGAGAUCUGCUCUUCUGCGGUGGUUCAUGUUAUUGAAGGUGAUUCCGUUAGAAAAGUGUGCCUCCAACUCGACUCCACGGAGCCAGAAUCGGAAACGGGUGGUUUGGGUACAUCUAUUGAAGGUAACACCCCAGAAGACUCAACAGUAGCGUUUGUCAACUUGAUAGAAUCGGAGCAGGCUAAAACGGAGAGUGAAGUGGAUCAGGAGCACAUCAAGGCGGAUCAAGAAUCCGAAAUUGAAGUGGCGGGCAUCACGGAGGAAAAAGAAGAAACCCGUGACAGACAGAAAGAGGAGGGCGGUGCGAUGCAGCAAACCCAGACCCUCGCAACAAGCGAAGAGACUCAGAUUGCUGGUGCUCCUCGAAGAGACUCGCUUGUUAGCUCCCUUCGAGCAAAAUUCGAACGCAACUCAGGAAACCUAUCCGUGGAUAUGGAGAAGUUUUACAUGAACCAGAGGGCCCAGCUUGCCACCUACCAAAUGAAGAAAAGAGAAGCUUUGUUUUGGAACUAUGGAGACACAGGAGGCAAGGAGGGAAAAGAAAUUGAUGUUGACGAUUUGCCUUUAUCGGGUAGUGUGGCUCUCAUCAGGAGAACGUUUGAAGACAGGCAUAUCAGCUAUGUCUUCGCGGUUCACAAGAAGAAAGGUCUUCUGUUGAAAAAACUUGUGCCAGGUGAGGAUGGGACUCCCAGGUACGAAGUGCCCGCAGGCAUCGUGGCGGAGAGCGACUAUUCAGAUGCAGAGCGCGAAAGUGGAAAUAUGAAGGAAAGGCUACUCUUGGCCUCCCGUUUGGGCGCCGCACGAGAACUCUUUGCAGAGACUGGCCUUGACGUCAGAGGAUGUUUGGAUCGUUUGGUUCCAGCAAAUGUGAUGUCAGACGAAAGUUCUAAGCUGUACGAAGACAUGCCACUCCUGCAGAAUCAGUUCCAACAAGCUCUGAUGUACUUUUUGAUCCUAUCAGACGAUGAUUGUCUCGACGGUGUUGCCCCCCCGGAUCUACAUUCCGUAAAGUCAGCAGAGUCCAGUGACCACAAUCCUGAGCUGGGGUCUAACCAUGCCCAGAGCUUUCACUUCGUCUUCGAAAGUGACCCAGUAGAGGCAUCCAAACGUCUCGAGUCGAAAGGCUUCGGCGUUGCUGAUGCGUUCAUCCUUUCACUGCAACCAGACAAUCCUUUAUACGAUGACAAAAUCAAACCAAUGAAGGCUCAAUCAAUGAGAAAACUGACGGCAUUCGGCAACGCUGCGAAAGUCUCUUGCAACAAUCGCAACUCUCCGCCGAAGGCACAGUCAAUGAGAAAUUUGAUGGCCUUAGGGAAACAUGAGAGCAAGCUGCUACAUAGCGAUGAAGGAUCUCCCGUGAGGCCACAAUCAAUGAGAGAAUUGAGAACGUCCAGCAAAGAUCCUCCAACUACAGAGCAGUUGCCAAGUUUUUUCACCUCUGUAACAUCAUCAAAAACAGGUGUGACAGUGGAGAGUUCUGUGUCAACGGCAGCAACCAACGCGUCAACCGUGGACAACGCCAGUAAUAAUCAGACUGCAAGUAUCCCAAAUUCAGCGGCAAGCGGCCAGAACUCGAAAGCAAAAGCCAACACCGUGGCUUCUGGAACCAAUGAUGCAUCAGAUGCCAUCACUCCCAGCACGACGACAACAACAAUACUCUCAGGACUGAACCAAGUUCAAACGUCCAAGGACCCCGAAGAGGUAGAUAUACAGAAGUUGCAUACGACGUGGCUAGGAACGAACCUGGCAGCAAAGGUUGCCAACAAGCUGGAAAAGGUGGAGCUCAAGGAAUUCACAUCAGAUGGAGACAGCGCGGCUUCAGAGCUGGUAUCCCCUUGUGAUUCGAUGCAGGAAGAAGGUUCUUCAGUCCGUUCAUCAAGUGUUUUGGACGGGACAACGGACACAGAAUCGGAAUAUGAUUGCGGUGCCACAUGUGAUGAAUCCGUCAAGGGGAGGCGAACUAUUCCAGCGGGAGACAUUUUCCCCGCCAGCAACUGGGAACUUCUCAGGGAGAACCGAUCAUGUCAAUUGAAGAACAAGAUUGUUGUUGCCGAUGCGGAUGAAGUGGAAGUCGUAGCCGUGAUACUGCUACGUCGCAACAGUGAGGAAUCAGACGACGGCGAAACUGGUCUUUGCGUUCUGAACAAUGAAAAGCCGAGUGCUUUGAAGCGGCCAGGGCAGAGUGAGGGUGAUAAGAAGCUACGUGUUACCUUCUCGUUGAGGAAGAACAAUAGCAACGCCAAUGAGUUCGAUGAAGAUGAAACUCUGUGCUGUUGGGUGUGCUAGAAUUUCAACUUACCCAGCUCACCACCUUGAUCCUUGAGGCUGGAGAGGAGACUCCUGGGUGCUGCUGGGGGCCUUUCUUCGAGGAAGGCAAAGUAGCAGCUUAGGCGACCUGUCAACCACUAAACAUAGAUGGAGAUUCACGUUUAAAUUAUGGCUUGUACCAAGGCCAAUCCCAGUCCCACAGAUCCCCCCUUUGCUAACUCAUAACCAUACCCCCCAAUGUUUGUGGUGGCUUGUUCAAUGACAUCAUUGCAA